CAGCGUCCAGCCCCUGCAGUCCUGCCACAAGCGAGCGGAGAAGCAACAGCAUAGAGCACUGAAGGCGCCUCGAGUCUCCACUGGAUCUCACACACACAAACACACGCACCUGAGGGCCGCAGAGGAUUACAACCCGCGAUGAAUAGUCUGACAGCCCGGGACCGACGUGUUUGUUAACAUUAAUAUGCAUCUAUAAAUAUAGUUGAACAAAAUCCUGCAGCGCUUUUCCAAAAAAGAGAAAACUUACUCCGCUUUUUUAAGUGCACUUAGACUUUACGAACAGCCUCUGACAGAACUUCUCCAUUCAAUCAUCACUGCAACUUGAGCCAGUUAUGGACAUUUAUUCGACGAUGAGUGUGCCCGCUGCGCAUGCAUAAGCCCGUCUCUGUCAGACCUUUUUUUUGCUGUUGUGGAUUGUUUUCGGUGAGAUCUUUGGACUUGGGUGUCUGACUUGCGAAGAGUUUGGCUGGACUUUGCAGCCUUGGCGAGAAUUCACUGGAGGAGCCUUUUUAUAACCUCCAUUCAAGAUGCGACCCGUUGCAUUCAGACUGGGCUAUCUGUGUCUACACUUGUUUUCAUUCUGCUAUUUUGCUCAGGUAACCAAUCAGUCCCCGCCUAAUUUCACGCAGCAUGUAAGCGAGCAGAGCAAAGUGACGGACCGCGUGAGCCGCAGGUUGAUCCGGGUCUACCAGCUGUACAGCCGGACCAGCGGCAAGCAUGUGCAGGUCCUGCCCAACAAGAAGAUCAACGCCAUGGCCGACGAUGGAGACGUGCACGCCAAACUAAUCGUGGAGACAGACACGUUCGGGAGUCGAGUGCGCAUCAAGGGAGCCGAGACGGGUUUCUACAUCUGCAUGAACAAGAAAGGGAAGCUCAUCGGCAAGAACAAUGGACACGGUCGUGACUGCAUCUUCACCGAGAUCGUGCUGGAGAACAACUACACGGCGCUGCGCAACGCGCGCUACGAGAGCUGGUACAUGGCCUUCACCCGGCGCGGGCGCCCGCGGAAGGGCUCGAGGACGCGCCAGCACCAGCGCGAGGUCCACUUCAUGAAGCGGCUGCCCAAGGGGCAGCAGCCCGCUCACACGAGCCACCACCGCCCGUUCGACUUUGUCCACUACCCCUUCAGGCAAAGGACUAAGCGCACUCGCUACUCGUCAGAGCGCUGAGGAUGCUGGGAGAUGGAGGAGAGAGAGAGAGAGAGAGAGAGACUCACGGGACUGACUGAAUAACCCAGAAGCCGGCACCCUCCUGUGUCGCCCCCCCCGGCACCCAACAAAAUAAAACAACAACUCAAAAGACAUUUUUAUAUUGAGCAUUACUAUAUAUUAAUAUGUAGAUUGUUUUCUAUUUUUGUCAAAGUAAAAAGCUGUACAUAGAUGAAAACAUGAGGAAUCUAUUUUUGUAAUUCAGAUUUAGUAAUGUGUAACAAAAAAGAAAAAGGUUUGAGGUAACACUUUCUAUUACCAUGUCUAUAAUGCAUUGUAACAUUAUCUUCUGAUAUAUUCCAUAAUAGUUUUAAGUACUUAUGCUGGUUAUGGUCAUGGUUCUAAUGCAUUAUAAUGUGAUAAUCUCAAUGGUCAUGUUGCUUUAUGUAAAGAAGGAAUUUAUUGAUUCAUGAUAUUUUUUCCUCAUUACAUCUAAACGACCAAUUAGA